AUGCCUGUUCGACAUUGUAUCGCUGUUGGCUGCACUGCCGAUAGCAGGACAAGUACGGAUUUAAGUUUUCACCAGCUCCCAAAAGUUGAGAGUGAGCUGAGGAAGUGGCUUAGUUUAAUAAGGAGGGAGGGGUUGAGAGUAGAUAGAACGAGUGAUAUACGGCAUUACGUUGUAUGCUCAAAACAUUUUGUAGACACCCUACCAACUCCACAAAACCCUUAUCCAACACUGUUUGCGUAUAAUAAUUACAAAAAGUCAACCCCAAGAAAAACGAAGAACUCGAACUUAGGUAGAACUUCAACAAGCACCAUAAGUCAAGAUUGUCCAACCACCAAAAAAGUUAGACUUGUGAAAUGUGAUCCAAGUACUGAUAAAACACAGAUAUGCUAUCCCUAUGUUGUGGGUGAAUUGGACAUCCCAUUCAUGGAUUGUCUGGAUAUCAACAAUAACAACAAAAGUCAACCAGAGUUUGAAUGUGACAUUCAGUGCCAAAACACACAAGUACAUCAUGAUCAUCCUUAUAUCUGCUGUAGUCCAAAAAAGAAGUAUAGUGGGGAACAUGAUCUAUUGGAGAAAAUUACACUUUUAGAGGCUAGAUGUGAGAAGCUAGAGAAAGAAAACAGGAAACUAAAAGAGGAGAAUCAAGCACUCAAAUCACGUAAAGUUGAUUUCCGGGAGAACCUUAUGGGGAAAAUACUACAUGAUGACAACAACGUCAAGCAUUUUCUGGGACUGCCUUCACUUAGUUUUCUCACAUUUUUCCUUCAGUUUUUGGCCCCUUUUUAUGACAAAGUUUCAUUUUGGAAAGGAGCUGGGAGGUCAGGAUCCAAAAAGUGGCAAGAAAAGAUUCAAACAAAACCAGGGAAACAGAGAAAACUCACUAUGAAGGAGUAG